UUGUCAUGGUUACGCGAAUGGCAUAAUAACUGGUGUAAAAAAAACAUGGAAGCUGGGAGAAGUGUUACCUAAAUAACUACGAGGUAGUGUGCUGAGCAAAUGCGCGGACGAUGAAUUAAACUAACACGGAAAGAUGAAUAUUCCAAGACAAUAAGCUACAGAACCUGCUAAUCAGUUUUGAACACUAAAAACCAAUAUGGAAGUUGAAGACGGAAAUCAAGCAAAUGAGAUAAAGACCUACGCCCUGACAUCAGAGAAUUUGAAGAAAUUCGAAGAACAACUGAAAAAAACCGACAGUUUUCAUGGAAGAAGGAAGAUACCACAGCGGACUGCGGCUGAUGGGAAAAGUGAAAUCCUUUCCGCGGUAUCUUUUGAUGAUGAGCUUGACAAUAAGAUUGAAAGAGAAGACGAUUUCGGCGAAAAUAAGCCUUUAGUUCGAAACCGACGGUCGUUUUACCGACCAGAGCGCGACUCAGCGAGGCGAAAUCCAGAGGGGAGGAGUCGAGAUGAAAGUAAUUCUGCUAGACCUCUAAGCGGGAAGACGAUUUUUUAUGACGAUGAGGAUUACCGUAUCCCGUAUGAAGACCCGAAUCACGUGAUCAACAGACCCUCAAGGGCUAGCCGAAAGAGUAAACAGGGAAUCUUGUAUGAAGUCAGCAGUGUAUGGUCUAGUUCUGUCUCGCAAGUACGAACCAAGAAGAAAAAGAGAGACCUGGGUAGGAGAAGGUCGUCGGAAAGUUCUAUACCCACAAGCACUAGCGCGGACAGUGAUGACGGCGUAUUUGAUGACGAUGACUUCAUCAGUGCUGAUUCCUCAGAUGAUUCCAAUGAUGGUAAGACAACAGAAGGGACUACACCAGUGUCGUCUUUUUACCCUAGUAGCGAGAGUAGUACUGGUAGUGUUAGUAGCAUACCAACCAAUCCUUCAAGGCAAGACAGCUCGUUGAGCRAGUCGUCACCGUUUGUAACGUCCGAAGAAAGGACAAGUGUCUUGCCUUCAGUUACAAGAGGGCAGACGCAACCAGAACAUGUACAGGAAGCUCUAGCACAUCCAAGGCCUCAAAGUCAAACGGCUACAGAUGGAGAUCCCCUAAAAAGUGUAAAGGAGCAGUCACGAAUUCGCUCGAGCUCGAGAAAUACAAAUAUAUAUUCAAGAAAUUCAGGGAAACGGCGUUUAAGCCGUGGAGAUCAAGAUUCUGUUAACAGUUCGAAAACUAGAAAAACUUCGAGCAGACAGGAGAGCUCGAUAAGCCCCUGGAGUGAGAGGGAUACAAUAUCAAGCGGUAGGACAAGCAGAAAAGAUAGUUUAAUUACGAUAGACUCUCAGUCUAGAAGAGGAUCGUCUGUUACGAUACGUAACUGGUCACGAUGGAGUAAAUUUUCGGAAGGCGGGUACAGCAUAACCAACAAGGUGUUACCACUUACGCGCCAUAAACCCCGAGGAAAUCGCAGUCAGUCCUCGGACACAAGCUUAUCUACCUCGGAUUCGGAAAGUUCUCGGACUGAUAGUGCAUCUUCGGAAAGUACUUCGGGAUUUCGUUCGGUGCCAAAUCUUCGUCUCGCCAAAAAGCCGCCACCGCUUCGUUUAGACGAUGAUGAUCUUUCAGUAGACCGAACCCAGGCUCUCUCAAAGAUGUCCAAUCUGAGUCUGGCAGCAAGACCAAAUUCUACAACUGGUGAAAUAAGCGCAAUAAAUUCUAAAAGUCUAAAGACUAGAGUACGAAAAGAGACUGAAAACUAUGUCGAAGGAUAUGAUUUUAAACAUCGAACGAAGAAGAUCCCUAAGCUUAGAGAUCGACCCGAAAGGCCAAGAAAGGGAAGCACUACUGGCGCAGUCUCGGGUCAGCGGUCUCGUCAGUCCUUAAAAAAAAGAAGACGGAAACGAAAAGGGCGUCUACAAAGUAUCAGUCAAGACGGCCAAUCAGUAUUCUCUUCGUCUAGCUACUCCGCAUCGGAGCGCAUGCACAGAAAAGCUUCAUCCUCAGCUACCACAGUAACAAAACCUUCCCAAAGGGCGAAGUCAUCUGUUUCCAUGACGAGUGAUAGCAGUUCCUUUCUAAGCUCGAGCAGCAUGAGCUCCAGGGAUCGUCGUAGAAGACGGCGUAAGAAUAAUCAAUUACAUCCUCUUAAUGUCGUUGAUUCAGGGUUCUUUACAGAUGGGUCACCAUCGAGUCGUGCGAGCAUGCGUCCCGUAGAUACUCCAUUUACUCCUGCUUUAAGGAACAGGUAUCCGAGCCAGCAGUCCAUUGAUUCUGAGUACAGCAGUUAUCCAAGUAUUUGUGGAAGUAGCCCCAGUCUUUCACGGUCAGCUUCCAACGUUUCACUUUCUUCACAUGAUUCAGAUGGAGAAAGUACAACAGUUGGACCAGAAGUGAACGAAACACYCCCCAAACCACUAAUACCACCCAAACCAACUGUAAAGAAACAUGAAAAUAAACCAAAAACUCAACCUAAACCCAAGACAGCACAACCCGAAGAACAAGAAAGAAAAGAAGAAAAAAGGGAAGAAAGAAAGGAAGAAAUAAAAAAGAAUACCGAAGACGAAAUCAAAGAGAGACCAAAAGAUGAACCAAAAGAAGAAAUAAAGAAGCCUUCAAGCUCUAAAGUAGUUAAACUACCUCCCUUAAAGGUUCCCAAGCCUCCGAGCAUGCGCAGGAAAUCGUCACCUUAUUACACGUCAUUGUCUCCAUCUGUAGAAGCAAGGAUGAAUGUGGUGCGAGUGAAUCAUCCUAUGCCAAGCUACGAAGAAGCAUACCGCGACCACGGCAUGCCAAGAUUGAUCAAGCUAGCAAGACCCAAGGAGUCAAAAGCUGUUUGGGCUACUAGUUUUUGGCCAGUCAGAUGGGGUGACCAGACCAUGAUUUUCCCCUUGUCCAAAUCUGCAAUGAAGUCCAAAGGGACACCAAGACUCGAGCAACUUGCCAUCUCUAAAAAGGAUUUCAGAAAGGAUCACCCAGAGAUGUGUGGCAGGGAUGCGUUUCAGUACAGUUGCGGCCGCUCUUCCGUCAUUCUGGAAGUAAGCCCGCUGGCCAUGAGAGGCGAAGCAAGCGCAAGAGUCAUUGACUUAGCAAAACCAAAAUCAACGGUGCAGGCAUUUGAGGAACACAAGCAGAG